AUGGCCUAUUGGGUUGAAUCGAGCAUCGAGCGUCUGACUGAUGACCAAAUGGAUCAUGCUUGGAAUUGCUUGAGGGACAUAUAUUCCAAUCGGCCCUACUUCAAAGAGAUGCACAAGCCAGCCCGGCUGCGCAGGUCUGCUCUGCGGGCAGGAUUGCAACGAGACUUCUACAACUGCACCGAGACGACCUUGGGCCUCUCGUUACGGAACCGGGCUACUGGUGGCUUGAGGCUUUCUGCCGCCUAUGAAGAAGUGAGCGAUCAAAUAACACGCCGAGAUCCCCUUUCCAAGGUCCACCUGGAGAAUUUUGGCAAAAGUAUCAGGAACAUGGCUGAGAAGCUGCUAUUGCGUGCCAAUGCUCGAUCUUCGGAUACGACCCCAUCACCAUCAUAUGAUGAAGCUAUGCGCUUACUCGACUCUGGAUACCCGUUUUAUCAACUUCGAAGCAUUGACAUGGAGGCGGCUAAACUGAAUACCGUCAGGAUCAAUCAAGCCAACAGGGUCGCCAUAAAUCAUCGCGGAAUUGGGACCAAGGAAAAGAUAGGAAGGGUUUGCUAUAACCUCCUUAUCUCGGCGUAUCCGCCGGAUAUGCAUACGUUCAACUCCUUGAUGAUCGAGCUUGAUGGCGUGCACCUUACUGCCUUCUCGGAGCAAAUCAUCCACAGCUUUUUCUUCGAGACAUAUCUAAAGCCCACGCCGACAACUUUCGCUGCGAUCCUUUCCCACUACACCUUGACAAGGAAUCAUGGAAAGUUCAUGCGGACCAUCGCGAGUAUAGUUGGCCUUGACCCCAAAAGUGGUGCAAAAGUACGACGAUUCCACAUUGAUGCUGCACUGGAUGAUCCCAUGUAUCGUCGCUGGGCUAUGAACACCCGUGACAGAACCUUGCUUGGUGACUACGUCUACGAGCACUUGCCGCUGAACCGUCUUGUUGUAGAGGAGAUCUUGAGGGGCCUGAUCCAUUUUCAUAUGAUACCGGAGGCGAUCACUUUUUUCACGACCUGCAUCCGCAGGAACAUAGCUAUUACAACGACGACGAUCAAGCAAGUUUUCGAUGCGUGUGUAUGGACUUUGGACUGGUCUGCGGGUGUGAAACUCCUUCAAGAGAUCUCCAAGCACGUUCAUUUGUGGAAGGUUCUGAUGAAACUUUGUGAUUACCAAACCAGAGCCCAUUUGAUUGAUAGGACGUAUUCUAUCUUCGACAUGGUCGGAAUGGGAGGAGCAAGUCGACAAAUACCGGCUGAGCGACUGGCUGAGCUUGAACUCUCAUCCAACAAGCUCCUAAAACUCAAAGCAAAGGUUACGAGAAGUGCUUCUGGCUUACCGGAAUAUUUACAGCCCACUCGAGAACGGGGCAGCCUUGAGCUUGACGAAGACAUAGAAAGUCUCUGGAAGGAAAUUACCCGCGUGAGGAAGACUUUUGCGUCUAUCGAGAGCAAGUUUUUGAAAUAUCCUUUGACUCUCGAAGUUCGGGCCUGGAUGGCAGAUCGGAUCGGUCACGAUGCCCUUGAGCGAUCCGAUUUGCUCUUUACUGAGAUACAAGAAAGUCUUGAACAGUGGGACCUCAUAGAGCAAAACUCGAAUCUACAGCGGCGGCGGAACUCAGUAGUCUCGGAAAGGCUGCAUGCCGGCGAAGCCACCAGACUUGAAAACGAAACUCGACCUCACACGCCUCUUCUCUCAGAUUUGGUAGCCAGGUCCACAGGUUGGGGUACCCAAAAUGUGGUCAUGAAUGUCAAAGUCGGGACAAACCAUGAAUGA